AUGCACAACUGCCACGCCCCCUUUGCCAGAAAACUAAGCUUUCUCCUCAUAAAUAGCAACCGAAAACCACCAUAUUCUGAUGGUACUGACAGACAUCUGAAAGACUCUCGGACCCCAAAAGUUCGAGACGGAGCACUAACAGCACUUCAUGGUUUGCGGGUCACGAUGAAAGGCAACAAGCAGGGCUUGAAAACCCCUCUAGAAAGGGAGCCUCAGCAGUCGGAAGCGGGACCGGCUUCCUGUGAAUCCCAGGGGGUAAGGCGAGGGUCUCAUCAGCCGCAAGGACUGAGAAAGAGCAUUUAUCAGCCAGGUGCGGCCGACAAAGACCCCUACCAAGCACAGCCCAAAGAGGAUCUGUCGGCGAGACUUACACACCAGGACAAGCACCGUAUCAGUCACAGACCCCAACAGAGCAGAAGCAGCCUCUUACAAGCUACAGGUGAAGCCUCUUACAAGCUACAGGUGCGAGAAAAAAACAUCGGCCAGAGAGACGCGCUGGGACAAGACUCUCAUCAAGCACAAGCAGCAAGGCAAAGCAUGUAUCAGUCAUAUGCAGUAGGAUCAGACCCUUACCAAACACAAGAACCAAAAAGUGCCUAUCGGACAUAUGCAGUAGGACAAGAUCCCUAUCAAGCCUAUGAACAUGGUCAUGGCCCCUAUCAGCCACAUGAACCAGGUUACGGUCUCUAUCAGCCAGGUUACGGUCCAUAUGAUGAUCAGAUACCCGAUCCCAAAUCCCGAAUGCUGGCAAUUGAGAAUGCAAAAGCAUACUUACUGAAGAGCAGCACAACAUCUGGCCUGAACUUAUAUGAUCAUCUUGCUAAUAUGCUAACAAAGAUCCUGGAUGAACAGCCCGCAAACGCAGUAGACAUAAUUGAGAAUAUCAGCAAGGAUGUGAAGUGGGCUCAGUUUCGGAAAAAAAUGGACACUCUUCGAGAUGAACAUGAGAAUCUUCCAACAUUUGAAGCUGCAGAAAAGUGUAAAGCUUUGUUCCUCAAGGCAAAUGGAGAAGAUGAAGAACCAGAAGAAGAGAUAGGAGAGACUCCUCUACCUAAUGUGAUGGAAACAGCCUUUUAUUUCGAACAGGCUGGAAUUGGCUUGAGCAAAGAUGAAUCCUAUCACAUAUUCCUUGCCCUUAAAAAGCUAAUUAGUGUUCAGCCAAUCCAGACAUGUCGCUUCUGGGGCAAAAUUUUGGGCCUAGAGAUGAACUAUAUUAUAGCUGAAGUACAGUACCUUGAGGGGGAAGCGGAGGAGGAAACAGAAGAGGAGGACGUUACUGAGGAAGGAGGGAGAGGGAUGGAUGAGGUCAAAGACGAAGAUGAGGAGAAAGAAAAAGAAGAUGAACCACCAAAGUCCACCUAUAAGCCCCCACCUGUCAUCCCAAAAGAAGAAAAUGGGACUGGGGCUAAUAAAUAUGUCUACUUUGUCUGCAAUGAGCCAGGCAAACCCUGGGUGAAGUUGCCCCCGGUGACACCAGCCCAGAUUGUCUGUGCCAGGAAAAUCAAGAAGUUCUUCACUGGUAGGCUGGAUGCUCCAGUUGUGAGCUUUCCUCCUUUCCCUGGAAAUGAGGCCAAUUACUUGCGUGCACAGAUAGCUCGGAUCUCNGCAGGAACCCAGGUCUCUCCCAUUGGGUUUUACCAGUUUGCAGAAGAAGAAGGAGACGAAGAGGAGGAAGGAGGAGGAGGACGAGAUACAUAUGAAGAAAACCCCGAUUUUCAGCCCCCUUCGGUGGCCGAAAUGGUGGAUUCUCUCUCCACAUGGGUACACCAUGGGCAGAGUAUUCUAAAGCAGGGUCGCUGUGUUUGGCUUAAUCCUUUUCAAAAAUCAGAGGAAGAAGAAGAAGAAGAGGAAGAGGAGGAGAAAGCAGAGGAGCCAGAUGAACUACAGCAAGAAAUAGGACCUCCUCUUCUCACUCCACUCUCUGAAGAUGAAGGUAUCCAAAACUUCCCUGCUUGGACAGCUCAGCCUUCUACAAACCUGAUCCCACAACAUGCUCUUGCAGUCCUUCAGUCUAACCGAUGGCCUGGAGCAUAUGCCUUUGCAUCUGGCAAGAAAUUUGAUAACAUCUACUUUGGCUGGGGUCACAAAUACAGUCCAGGGAACCAUACCCCUGCGCUGCCUCCACCCAUGCAAGCUGAAUACCCCGAUGGGCCAGAAACCGCUGAGGCAAGAGACCCCACUCUGGAAGAGGAACUGGCUUUCAAGGCUGCGAGGGAAGAAGCCUUAGCUGCAGCUGAGGAACAGGAAGAGGAGGAAGAGGUCGCUGAGGACGAUGAAGAGGAGGAUGAUGAUUAA